AUGUUCUUUGCUUUACGAAAAAAGCAUCUCCAGCUCACCGCAGUGGUGUUGGUGGUCGUCGUGCUCCUCAUAAGCACAUCCACUGUUCGUUCCCGCAUAGCCCUGAUGGUGCCAGCCCUGUACAUUUAUACCCUUAGUGCUGGGCUCCUGGGUGAUAAGUCGCUGAGCAAAAUGGGGGAAGCGUCCAUGGCCGCAAAUGAUCCUGAACAGUAUUUGAGUCAUCAUGUUGACCAAUUAUACCGUGAUAAGUUGGCCAAUGACAACGAGCAAAUGUUGCAAUGGCAAGUUGAGACGGGGAUGAAUGAGCACGGAGGGGUGAUUGAGUUACCCCCUUAUUAUCAAAAGACCACUCCUAAUCUGAAGAAGCCACUCAUACAACCUUUUGACCCUCGGUUCACAUUGGCGAUGUAUUAUGAAGCCAUGCUCAAACAGUUCCAGGCAAAGGGGUACAAGAGCAAUGAGAAGAAUCGUCGUUUGAGUGAUGCCGAUGCUGAACUUCCUUUCCAUUGGGAGGAUUGGGUCGACAUGUCCAUUCUCAACAAGUACAUUCUCAAUCCCAUGGAUCUGGGAUGCUUGCCUCUUGAUGUAACAAAGGAGGUUGAAAAGAAGGUUAAGGAGGAUGAGAAGAAAAAGCAAGAAGAAGAUCGCAAAAAGAAGGCAGAGGAGGAUAAGAAGAUAGAGGAAGAGCGCAAAAAGAAGGAAGCUGAAUUGAAAAAGGAAGAGGAGCGGAAAAAAGCUGAAAAAGCCAAGAUUGAUGCCGCGAUUGAAGCUGAACGGAAGAAAUGGGAAACCCAAAACCCUUCCAAACAACCCGAGUCAUCUAUUUCUGAUACUUCCGAAUCAAAUGAACAACAGCAGAAGAAUGACGCAGUUAAGAGCGAUGAGAACAAAGAGGCGGUCCCAUUAAAUCAAGCACAUGAAAAGCGUGGAUUACUGAAGAGGUACAACAGAAAGGAUAGCAAGAAUAUUACCGAAUACUGCAUCCCCAGUGCCCAGAUGCCUCAAACAGGAGAUGGCGAAAACGUUCAUGAUAACGGUAAUUUGGUUCAUCCUUCAUUCAAUGUUUUUCGAUUUGGUGGUCGACUGACUGACCCUAAGAUGAAAUUAAUGGGCAAGUCCUACUUAUAUUCGCAUGCUCCUCCACCUGAAUCAAUCAUAUUCUUAACCUCAGAUGGGAUGUAUAGAGUCCGAACUGCUCAGAAGAAAGGUAAACUCCUUUACAAUCAGAUACCAGAAAGCUAUUUCGAGGAUGUGAAAAGUAACAAAAUCGAUGUAUCCAAGUCAUUCAAAAAGUUACAGAAAAAAUUUCCACUGAAUCACGGACAUGUACAGAAUGACUACCUCGUUUAUUUGGACCCGGAGCAUUUUCGAUACAACCCCAAGAUCUACAUCGACCAAUUUCAGAAAAAGGCCAAUCGUGGUGGGAUUACUCGUACUGAGCAAGGUUACUUGAACUCCCUUUUAUAUGGCCAAGAGUUGAUUCUGAAGAAUGCCGUCCCAAAGUACUUCACUGAGGCUAACAUGAUUUUUGGCGGAGGUAUUGGUGAUCAUUACGAUUGGAGAUUUUUCAAUGGCAUUCACUAUAACCUGUACGAACAAACUUUAAGUCUUCACCACAUGGUGCGUGUCUUCUUGAGUUUUUGCCGUAAAGUUGGUAUCAAUACUUGGGUUGCACAUGGCUCGCUUUUGCUGUGGUACUGGGAUGGCAUGGCGUUUCCCUGGGACAAUGACAUUGACGUACAAAUGCCUAUCUAUGAUUUGCAUAAACUUUCACUUCACUUUAAUCAGACGUUGAUUGUUGAGGAUGCUAAUGACGGGUACGGUCGUUACUUUUUGGAUUGUGGUACUUUCAUCGCAUUACGUGACAAGGGCAACGGCAAUAAUAACAUCGAUGCACGGUUCAUUGACGUUGACACUGGGUUGUACAUCGACAUUACAGGUUUGGCAGUUUCUAAGGAAGCCACCCCUGACCGUUACAAAGGAGGUUUACGGAAGGAGUGGAACAAGGAUACCCCCGCGUUUGAGACGAAUUCAGAGCUCGAAAUUUACAAUUGUCGAAACAAACACUUUUCCCUGUUGAGUGAGCUUUCACCCUUGCGGAAAACUAUGGUAGAAGGCGAAGUCGCUUACGUUCCUCGAAAGUUCACCGAAAUCUUGAAGACAGAGUACAGUAAGGGUUUACAAAGUAAGAAGCACCUGGGAUACGUAUUUAUGCCUCAAUUACGGUUGUGGAUUCCUGAAGAUGAUAUUCUAUUUUUCUUACAAGAUAAACAAGGCUGGGCGACUCGACACUCAUUCGCUCAAAAGUACAGCAACCAUAAUGAUGAUGAUGAGGAACGUUUCGAUUUAGCGUAUCAACUUACUGAGGAUGAGAAGAAAAACUUCAAGAAAAUCAAACUGGGCAUUGAUGAUAAAGACUUAACGACGCUUUUUGAGCUUACACCCAAUGAAUUGCUUAUGUUUUUGAAGCAAGACGAAAUCUUCUUAUCAUACUAUACCACCGCAGACUUUACUCAUUUUCAUCUGGAAGAAAUGAUGCGGUUAUUGAAUGAUAAGCUGACGAUGAAUCUAGUCAAAGAGGCACCCGACUUCAGCCCACUCAAAAUUGACCCAUUCAUGUUUACACAGCAUGUGGAAGGUCAAACCUAUGCCGCUCGCGUUCAGCAAUAUAUGAAAAUGGACGCUAGUCGUUGGCAUUGA